UACUGGCCUGGCAUGCACAUUACAUCAUUUUUACUCCAGACUUUACUAGAUAAUUCUUGUGUAAGCAUAGACUCUAAAAAAAAAUAAUAAUGAUAAGGUGUUUGUUUCCGGAAGACACAAAGGCCGAGCUGCUGGAACGCGGGAUCAAUGCCGGGCUGAAACAAAGCCUGCAUGUGACGGCGGUGCUGGAACUCUCCUCUUUGUCCACAGUUGGGACUUUUAACCACAGAGGGCCCACUGAGGGGCCAUCAGUGGACGAGGAGGAAAGAGAAGGACAGAAGGAGAAACCGGCCAGUUGCAUGAGUCCCAUCCUGCCUCUCUUAUCACACCUCGCCUCCCAUUUCAUCGGCUCCUUGUCCCCUCUGCUCUCUGGAGCCAUGCACCCUCAGCGCCCGCUGCCCCAGGCCGCGCCUGCUGCGUCUUCUUGCUCGCCCUCGUCUCUGGGGCAGCAGCUGCGAGACAUGGCCACGGGUCUAGGGCGGGGAAAGAACUUCCUGGGAGGGAACGUCGCCUACGGCUUCGUGCAGUCGCUCAAGGAGUGUCUUUAUUUCCUGCUGUGUUGCUGGUGCAUCAAGGAGAUCCUGGACUGAACCCAAUAAGUAAAAGGGUGCUCUUCUUUAGCUUGAUUAUCUUUGAUUUGGAAAGCUGCACAGGGACUAACACUGUGGUGACAGAAUAAAGGAUUUAACUAAUA